GGAGGAGUGAUGGUUGCCAUGGCUUAAAAGGAGGGCAUUGGAACGUUGGGGGACGUAGCAUGUAUGCGACUUCGCCUUCGUGUUCUGCAUGCUCUUCGGACCGUCACAGCUUAGCGUGAAACAUGGAAAGUGUGAGCGAGGUCCCCAUCGACGUGCAGAAGGUGCAACGACGGCGCUGGCAGGCGAACGAAUGGUUGGUGCUUGCGCAUUGCAAGUCCUGAUGAUGGAACGAGAGCUCCAGAGUGGUGCAAAGACAUUAACGACAUUGGAGAGAAACACGGUGGUCGCAGCUGUGUCAGUCGUCGCCAUGCGUUAUCGCAUUGAGAGAACGACAACUCACCUGAGGAUAAGAUUGUCCGUUCGCAGGCAGAGGCACCUGAUGCAACAAGUGAUGGAUGCACCAGAUUGUGUGUCGUUAUCGGAAUCCAUUAUGGGAUUCUACUGCGCUAUGGCAUCGGGUGUGAUCCCGCGGGCGACGCCGAGAUUGUGGAUGAAGAGAAGGAUGGGAUGGACAUGGGAGGAUCUCCGACAGGUUGACGACGCGGCAGAGGGCUACUACAAGGAGAAACUGCGGAGUGGAGUAGUCAAUGGCGCCCGUCGACUGUCUGCUGGAGGUUUCCCCCUCUGUCCAUCGUUGUCUUCCUCACCAUUCGUCGUUUCUGUCUACUUCCAGGACCCCGCACAACGACGCACAUAUGGAACAACACGGCAAGGAGCAGGAGAAGAGUGGCCAGCAGCACGAGUGGGAACCGUUAGAGGACGUCUGCCAUGAAUCGCAGCAUGUGAGGCGUGUACCAAACAAAGCUUGCAUCAAUGC